AUGAAUAUCCAGGUUCUGCCAGAACACAAGCUCUCGUCGGUGGCCCCGCUGAAACAGUGCAAUGUGGAGAAAAAAGAGGUAGAACUGAUACUCGUGAAGGACCAGAAUGGCGUCCAGUACACCAGUUCCACCAUCAUUCCCACCCCUGGUCACCGCGCAGGUCCGCCCGGAUCCGAGGACGAGCGAGAAACUUGGGGAAAGAAAAUAGACUUUCUCCUGUCGGUCAUUGGCUUCGCGGUGGACCUGGCCAAUGUUUGGAGAUUUCCUUACUUGUGCUACAAAAAUGGAGGAGGUGCCUUUUUGAUCCCCUAUAUUCUUUUCUUGGUCAUUGCGGGGAUGCCAUUGUUCUACAUGGAACUUGCCUUGGGCCAGUACAACAGGGAAGGGGCAGCUACAGUUUGGAAAAUCUGCCCUGUCUUUAAAGGUGUGGGCUACACUGUGAUUAUCAUAGCCCUGUAUGUUGGCUUCUACUACAAUGUCAUCAUCGCCUGGUCCCUCUACUACCUGUUCUCCUCCAUGACCAGUGAGCUGCCGUGGCUCAGAUGUGGCAACAGCUGGAACAGUCCGAACUGCACUGACCCCAAAACCAUCAAUGGAUCCGUCCUCGGCAAUGGCACGUCUUAUGCCAAGUACAAGAUCACCCCGGCAGCAGAGUACUACGAACGAGGAGUGCUGCAUCUCCAUCAAAGUAAAGGUAUCCAGGACCUGGGCUUGCCUCGCUGGGAGUUGACCCUGUGCCUGGUUGUGGUGGUCUUCAUCCUCUACUUCAGCCUGUGGAAAGGUGUCAAGUCUUCGGGAAAGGUGGUGUACAUUACAGCUACUAUGCCCUAUGUGGUCCUUUUUGUGCUGCUGAUCCGAGGCAUAACUCUACCAGGGUCUAUGGAAGGAAUUAAAGCCUACCUCCACAUUGACUUCAAGCGACUCAACAAUCUAGAGGUGUGGAUUGAUGCUGCCACCCAGAUAUUCUACUCACUGGGUGCAGGAUUUGGUGUGCUCAUUGCAUUUGCCAGUUAUAACAAAUUUGACAACAACUGCUACAGGGAUGCUCUCUUGACCAGCACUGUGAACUGCGUUACCAGUUUCUUCUCAGGGUUUGCCAUCUUCUCUGUACUUGGAUACAUGGCUUACAAACAUGGGGUGAGAAUCGAGGAUGUGGCAACAGAGGGGGCAGGUUUGGUGUUUAUCAUCUACCCAGAGGCAAUUUCCACCCUGCCUGGCUCAACGUUUUGGGCAAUUGUGUUCUUCAUUAUGUUGCUGACUCUGGGCAUUGACAGCUCGAUGGGUGGCAUGGAGGCAGUGAUCACAGGCUUGACGGAUGACUUUAAGAUUCUCAAGAGAAACAGAAAGCUCUUCACCUUUGCCACGGCUUUUGGAACUUUCCUGGUUGCCCUGCUCUGCAUCACCAAUGGUGGAAUCUAUGUGCUGACACUGUUAGAUAAGUAUGCAGCAGGGACUUCUAUAUUAUUUGGUGUGUUGAUCGAGGCCAUUGGAGUGUCAUGGUUUUAUGGUGUGGAUCGUUUCAGUGAAGAUAUUGAGCGAAUGAUGGGCUUUAAGCCAGGACUCUACUGGAGGCUGUGCUGGAAAUUUGUCAGCCCAGCGUUUCUGCUGUUUGUGGUAAUAGCCAGUACUCUGACAUCAUCAGGCCUGAAGUACGAUGAGUAUGUCUUCCCCAACUGGUCCAACCUAGUCGGCUGGGGUGUGGCCAUGUCCUCCAUGCUGUUUGUUCCCUUUUAUGCCAUGUAUAAAUUCUUCAGUCUACCAGGAACAUUCAAAGAGAGGAUAGCCUACUGCAUCACUCCAGAACAUGAACAUCAUUUGGUGGCUCAAGGAAAUGUACGGCAGUUCACACUCAAGCACUGGUUGGCCAUCUAGUCCCAGAUGCACAGAAUUUCAUCAUCCAUCCUCGCAUCCGGUGUUUGGAGUUCCUGUGUGCUAUCAGUGGUCGGACUGACAACAAGAGCAACAGGCUCCGACCUCUUUCAGCAGCCUCCCUCUUCUCCCUGUGCAUUUACCACUCAAGGCCUUUGUUGUCAACAGUGGCUUCAACUAUCUUGAGUUAUGCCUGCUACCAUUCACAAAUCAUUCUACAGCUUCAGCUCAUAAGGGAGGGACACCCCAUGGGAAGAAUUUACAGGUCUUUCCCCAUGGACAUCAGUAUGGUUCUUACAUAAUAUUUGAAUUGUUCAUAACUUCUGUUGUGAUUUUUUAUAGAUUGUGAUGUAACUAUUACCUCUUCUAAGUGAUAGAAACUGAAAUUAAAACCCAAACAAUCCCAUUUCCCUGUGUGUACUAUACAGGAGACUAAAAUAUUUACAGUUUUAAACUUUUUUUAAGGUUUGCGAUUAUUUAUUAUCGAGUUAUCGUUUGAAGAAAGUCUCUGUUUUUGCCAUUUUGUUGGCACAGUGGCUUAUCUGUGUCAGUGCCUUAUCAAGCUAGACACUUCAUGUUUCUUACAGUCCGCACACAAAGAACUAAAAUAAAUUGUGUUGACUCAGGAACCCACUAAAAUCAAACCAGUUUGACGAUGGUUUUGACCCAGUUCCUUUGACAUCAAAGUCAAAGAGCUGGAGUUCCACUGCGCAUCCAGGUCAAGCUCCUUAGCAAAGAAAAAACAGGCCAGAUAUAAUGUUAAUUUUAUGUCUCACUGCACUACAUAAAAAGGGAAUAAUGUACGCAUCUCUCCAGAGCUUUAAAGAACUGUGGCAGGCUUCAUUGAACUAUGAUUUGAAAAGUGGGACUCACAAACAAGCCUCAAUCUCAAAGGAAGAUAAAUGUAGAACCUGGCUAGUGCCUGGCUGCUCACUUAAGGUGCAGGUGGGGGGGAAGAAUCACCAAAACAAAUGGCGUAACUGUUACAGAUAGUUUUGUAUUACUGUUGUGUGACUUUUUUUUCAAAAUGUUUGUCUGUUCAGUGCUUUUGAGGAAUAUCUGUGGCUUUUCCUCCAAAAGAAACAAUGAGAGAAAGGAGAGUGUGUCUGUGUGAAUGUUUAUAUUGAGAUUGUGUUGCCAAUCAUACAAUAUGCUGUUAGUGUACAGUACAUGGAAAACUGACAACUGCCAAAUGCCUCUUUCACUGUACUGUAUAUUAACUAUUACAUAAACUGCAUGACAACAACUCUUAUAUUUUCCUUUGAAAUAUAACUUAUGGUGUACCUCUUUUUCAUCACCAUAGAAGUGCCAAUAAGUUCCUUUAGAAGUGAUAUGAUUAUCUUUUUCUGUUUCUCUUUUUUUAUUUAUUGGAAUGAAGUUGAAGUUGACUUUUAACCUUGAAUCAUAACAGAACACCCUUACUGAAAGGAAUAAAGCCACAAAGAAAAAAACAAAUAUAUGUGGAAUAUAUAAGAAGAUAUAAAAAAUAUAUAAAUAUAUUCUUUUGUUAUAUCUAAUCUUGUAUUUAUCAAAUUGUUUAUAGCAAAACGUGAAUGUAAAGUAUUUUAAACGUAACUGUCCAUAGUCAUAACAUAGUGUUUGAUGUAUAGCUAAGAUGAACUAUUUAGGAAAAAAAAAAGUUCUUCAGUGUAACCCUGGGCUACUUUGUCACAUAUGAAUGUGAACAAAUGCACCCUGGCUUUCCUGGACUAUGUUUACAGAAAUACUGUGUACAAUACCGAUGUCCUGUUGAACGUGAGUGACAACUAUCUAUGAAGAAGUCUGAAGUAUUCACACUAUGAUAAUAAAGAAUUUGUUCUACACACA